AUGGAAGAAAGACAAGCGCAGCAAAUUCGCAAACUAACGCAAGAGUUGGAAAUAGCCAAUGAAAAGAUAAACUCUCUGACGACGCAACUCAAUACAAACGACGCAGAGUUAGCCAAACUGAAAUCCAUAGUUGACGAAAUGGACAUGAUGACGUCAUCGGGAACCUGGGAUCACGUGACUGGGAGCUGCGGUCCUGGCGGCAGUGGUGGUAGUGAUAGCAUCGCUGGUUGCGGUGGUGGUAAUGAUUACAUUGAAUAUGGAUGGCCUUCUUCAAGAUCACCGCAAUUUCUCACUGAUGAACGAAAUCUUGCAUUGGGGACUGCCAGCCUGAAGAGAGAUAGUGACGAUAAAAGGAGAGUGAACGUGAUUCUGGCCCACAAAUCGUCGUCGUCAUGGUGGUCCAAGUCGCCGCUUCCCUAUCGUCGCCACAGCAAUCAACCUUCGGGGUAUAUGAGCGUGCCUUCUACGCCUCUGGCCUCACAAAGAAAGUUAAUCUUUGAGAACUACGACACCAUCAUGAUGAACAACUCGUCAAAAGAACCACACAGCUCGUCAAAAGAACCACACAACUUUUUGACCACUGAUUUGGAUGACCUCAACAAAACUCUACCAAAACUUACCGCAAAUUCGGCAGACGUCACCAAAAUUUCUCCACCACAUUUCACCAAAACAUCGCAAUCUACAGGACCACCAUCACCAAGCUUACUCAGCAGCACUCACAUCGGCACAAGCGCACAAAAUGAUUCGAAAGAUGAGAUUAUUAAAUCACUGCAAAGGCAGCUGUACGAUAAAGAGAUGAUGAUUACAGAUGUCAGACUGGAGUCACUUUCAUCAGCUCAUCAUCUCGAUCAACUCAAAGAUGCUAUAAACCACAUUAAUAUUCAUGAGAUAAAGUCGGCCGGCCAGUCGAGUGAGUACCUGGUCUUCGUUUCAUUGGCCGCUAUUUAUAGAGACAACAAAGCCAUCCCAAUAGGAAGGGUUCACGUUGGUGGUAAGACAUCGUGGGCGGCGCUUGAUAGGAGCAUUAAAACCUUAUUGGACGAUCAUAUCAAUGAGAUGGGACUUGGUGAAGAUAUCUCUGGAAAGUGUAUCGGCGUGUAUCAAGUCGGGGAGAUUGAGAGGAAGAUAGCCCCAUCCGACAGAUACGGAGUGUUUAACGAACUGGCAUACUCAACAUUAUUGCCCUCUUUCAAAUUAGUUCAAUGCUUAGACUACCUUCAUUCGCACGGACACGUUAUCAUAAGAGGGUACCGAAAUUCCGGGAAAAAGUUCCUCGCUGAGAAAUUAGCUAGAUGUUUACUGAGGUUAGUUUAG